CUCUGGAAUGAAAAUGAGAUAGCAUACAGAUUCACUAACAGGCGUCGUGAAGCCUUGGAGAAUAUACUUCAGGAAUUUAAUAAAAAGUUUGAUAUAAACUUAACUAAACCUGAUCUGGAAAAGAAACUUUCUCGACUACGCAAAAUAUGUUCAUACGAAAAGAAUCAAAAAAUAGAAUGUAAACAAAGCAAAAGUAUUUAUAAACCAACAUGCCCAUAUUAUAAGCACUUGGCGUUUGCUGAGGUCGAUGUUAAUCCUUUUGAAUGCUCAGUUUGUGGAAAUUUACUUCCUAGUCAAAACCAGUACAAAAUACAUUUAGCAUCCCAUGACGGAUCGCCACCAUAUAAAUGUAUUGUUUGUGGACAUGGAUUUCAGAAGUCAGAUAAUUUAACGGUACAUUUGCGGAGGCAUGCACAAGACUACAGCUACACCUGUGAGGUGUGCAACAGGCCUAUUGCAACCUCAACUGAGUUAAAAGCCCAUAUGCUUAUCCACACUGGCGAAAAACCGUAUGUUUGUGAUAUUUGCGGCAAGAGUUUCAAAAAGCUAUACGAUUUUAAAGAACAUUUGCUACGACAUGAGGAACGCAAAAUUCACAAAUGUACAAUUUGUCCAAAGGCCUUUUAUACUAGAAGAAUGUUUAGGGAACACAAGGCCACUCAUUUGAAGGUGCGGGACAAAAUAUGCAGCGUUUGCAAUAAAGGAUUUACAACUCGGAAACAACUUCGUCAACACAAAGACAUUCAUGAUGCAGCAAAGAAAUUUGUUUGCAAGAUUUGUGGGAAGCGUUUUGCCCAAUCCGCUGGACUAUGUGCACACAUAAAAUCGCAUGGAACAGCAUUAUCUUCUAAGAUUGCUAAUUAUGAAUAAUUUUUUUAUUUAUUUGUGCUUUGUUUUAUAAUUAAAAUCCAUACAUACAAUA